CGGAGAUCGGGGGCGGGUUCAGCUUCAGGCAGAAGUGCUUCUGAGGAGUGGAGAGUAUAAAAAAGAUCGUUUUAUGUGCAGAGUAACGAGGAGAUGGCUCCGGGACCAGUGGACACCAGAGGCUGCUCGACCUGCUGAGUUCCUCCAGCGGAUUGUUUGCUGCUCCAGGUUCCAGCAUCUGCAGUCCCUGGUGUUGACAUUAACUCUGUUUCUCUUUCCUCAGAUGCUGCCUGAAUUGAUGCUGUUUGACCCGUGUCCAGCAUUUGCUAUUUUUAUUGUGGGUAUAAAUGCGGCCAUUGAUUUAGCUGCAAGGAUCACUUUGCCUUUGCUCUGCAGGCAGUCUGGAAACACAGAUGAGCAAACUGAGAUUGGGACCAGUCUCCUGACACUACAGUUGUCCAAAUCAUUGCAGGAUACAACAAGCAGAAGAUUUGUUUAUGGGAAUCUCAAACACAACAUCAGUGAAUUCACACUGGGGAGAGGCCGUUCACCUGCUCUGAGUGUGGGAAGGGAUUCACUCGGUCAUUCCAGUCGCUGAUGCACCAACAAAUUCCAAGAGAAGAGGCCGUGUAUCUGCACUGAGUGUGGGAAGGGCUUCCUUCAGUCAACCCACCUGCUGGCACACCAGCUUGUUCAUACUGGGGAGCAGCCGUUCUGCUCAACGUGUGGUAAGGGAUUGGCUCAGUUAUCCAGCCUGAUGAUCCACCAGCGAGUUCAUGCCAGGAAAAGGCCAUUCUCCUGCUCGGAGUGUGGGAAGGCUUUUGCUUACUCAUCCCACUUGCAGGCACACCAGCGAGUUCACACUGGGGAGAGACCGUUCUCCUGCUCAACAUGUGGGAAAGGAUUCAGUCGGUUAUCCAGCCUGAUAACACACCAGAGAGUUCACACUGGGGACAGACCGUACACCUGCUCCGAGUGCGGGAAGGGAUUCACUGAUUCGUCUCAGCUGCUGAGACACCAGCGAGUUCACACUGGGGAGAAGCCGUACACCUGCUCUGAGUGCGGGAAGGGAUUCACUUGGUUGUCCCUUUUCCUGAGACACCAGCGAGUUCACGCCGGGGAGAGGCCGUACACCUGCUCCGAGUGCGGGAAGGGAUUCACUGAGUCAUCUGAGCUGCUGGUACACCAGCGGGUUCACACUGGGGAGAGGCCGUACACCUGCUCCGAGUGUGGGAAGGGAUUCACUCGGUCGUCCCAUCUGCUGACACACCAGAGAUUUCACACCGGGGAGAGGCCGUUCAUCUGCUCGACAUGUGGGAAGGGAUUCACGGAGUCGUCUCAGCUGCUGAUACACCAGCGGGUUCACACCGGGGAGAGGCCGUACACCUGCUCCGAGUGUGGGAAGGGAUUCACUCGGUCAUCCUAUUUGUCUGGACACCUGCGAGUUCAUACUGGGGAGAGGCCUUACACCUGCUCCAAGUGCGGGAAGAGAUUCUUUCGGUCGUCCCAUUUGCUGACGCACCAGAGAAUUCACACCGGGGAGAGGCCCUACACCUGCUCCAAGUGCGGUAAGGGAUUCGCUCAGUCGACCCAUUUGCUGACACACCAGAGAGUUCACACCAGGGAGAGGCCAUACACUUGCUCCAAGUGCGGGAGAAGAUUCACUCAUUUAUGCAGCCUCAAGACACACCAGCGAGUUCACUCUGGGGAGAGGCCUUACACCUGCUCCGAGUGUGGGAAGGGAUUCACUCGGUCGUCCCAUUUGCUGAGGCACCAGCGAGUUCACACUGGGUAGAGGCCAUUCACCUGCUCUGAAUGCAGGAAGGGAUUCCGUUGCUCAUCGGACCUUCUGAAACAGCAGCAAAUUCACACUGUGGAGAAAGAUUAAACAUGCUGUAUGCUCAAUGUACAACAGUCACUGCUACUGAAUUCUAGUGCAAAUUCACAAGUGUUGUGGAUGUUCACGGGGGUUGGAUUCUGUCAAUGCUGCUGAAUUCACCCAGUAUUGAAUCCUGGUCAUUGGGCACAGUUGAUUUUCUUUUGUAAUCUCUUUAACUGAGUUAGAGUUCAAUGUUCUGGAUCUGUGAUUAAAAUAAAGCAGUUCUGUUUGAAACA